AGUUGCGCGUGCGCAGUGGCCAGGGUGCUGGUGUCUGCGCAGUGAGGCGGCUCGCGGCGUUGGGCGAGUAGCAUGAGGCCGGGUUUCAGUCCCCGUGGAGGGCGCGGUGGGUUUGGGGACCGUGGAAGAGGCCGAGGGGGCUUCCGAGGAGGCCGAGGUGGUGGGUUUAAAUCUCCGGGUGGGAGUGAUGGAGGCUUCCGAGGAAGAGGAGGUGGCGGUGGUUUCCGUGGACGAGGCGGGCCAGGCCGAGGAGGCCGCGGUGGAGGAGGCCGGGGCGGCCGAGGAGGGUUUAAAGGAGGCAAGAAGGUGACGGUGGAGCCCCACAGGCAUGAAGGCGUCUUCAUCUGCAGGGGGAAGGAGGAUGCGCUGGUGACGAAGAAUCUGGUGCCCGGCGAGUCUGUGUAUGGAGAGAAGAGGAUCUCUGUGGAGGACGGUGAGCUGAAGAUAGAGUACCGUGCCUGGAACCCUUUCCGCUCCAAGCUGGCAGCAGCCAUCCUAGGUGGCAUUGAUCAAAUCCACAUCAAGCCGGGAGCCAAGGUCCUGUACCUGGGAGCUGCUUCUGGAACCACAGUCUCACAUGUCUCCGACAUCGUGGGGCCGGAAGGCCUGGUCUAUGCUGUGGAGUUCUCCCAUCGCUCCGGCCGUGACCUCAUCAAUGUGGCGAAGAAACGCACCAACAUCAUCCCCGUCAUCGAGGAUGCGCGGCAUCCGCACAAGUAUCGCAUGCUGAUCGGGAUGGUGGACGUGAUCUUUGCCGAUGUGGCUCAGCCUGACCAGUCCCGCAUUGUGGCCCUGAACGCUCACAAUUUCCUGAAGAAUGGCGGGCACUUCGUCAUCUCCAUUAAGGCCAACUGCAUUGACUCUACAGCGGCUCCUGAGGCGGUCUUCGCCUCCGAGGUGAAGAAGAUGCAACAGGAGAACAUGAAACCCCAGGAGCAGCUGACACUGGAGCCCUACGAGCGAGACCAUGCUGUGGUGGUGGGAAUUUACAGACCUCCCCCCAAACAGAAGAAGUAGUAUCUCUGUGGAGCUCCUUGUCACCAGGCCCCAGGCUGGAUCCCAUCGUAUGCUGGCUCUUCUUGCCUUGGGUCUGGGUGUGCUUCGUGGCUGUGGGUUCCUCUCACUGCCCACCCUUCUUUUCCCCCAGGACUCAUUUGUAUUCUUUGUGAAUUUUUUUGAAGAUGUAUUUUUAUUAAAAUGUGAGAAAAUGG